AUGGGGAAGUCGAGCAAGGAUAAGCGCGAUAUAUACUACCGCAAGGCGAAAGAGGAGGGAUGGCGCGCGAGGUCGGCGUUCAAGUUGCUGCAAAUUGACGAGUCGUUCGAUAUUUUUCGAGACGUGCGACACGUCGUGGAUCUGUGCGCGGCGCCCGGGUCGUGGUCGCAGGUUUUGAGUCGAAAGUUGUACCUACCCGCGUUGGCGCGAGGGGUCGAGGAGGAAGAGCUGCCGAAGAUUGUCGCCAUCGACUUGCAACCGAUGGCGCCGAUCGAGGGCGUGACGACGAUACAGGGCGAUAUCACGUCGAUGGACAAAGUGCGCGAGGUCCUGUCGCAUUUCGAUGGGAAACACGCGGAUUUGAUCGUCGGCGAUGGAGCGCCCGACGUCACGGGUUUGCACGAUUUGGAUGAGUUUAUGCAGGCGCAGCUCAUACUCGCCGGCUUGACGGUGGCGACGCACAUAUUGAAACCAGGCGGAACGUUCAUAGCGAAGAUAUUUCGGGGGAAAGACAUCAGUUUGCUCUACUCACAACUGAAAAUUUUCUUCCCCGAAGUCACGUGCGCCAAGCCGAAAAGUAGCCGGAAUUCUAGCAUAGAAGCAUUCAUAGUGUGUCAGGGUUACUCCCCUCCAGAGGGAUUCGAACCACAUCAAUUGACUCGUAUUUUAGAAGCGCGUGCGACGUCUCACGCCGCUGGAGACGAGGGCGCGGCCGUGGGAACCAAGUCCUGGCCGAACAAUGUGCUCGUGCCGUUUUUGGCGUGCGGCGAUUUGUCGGGAUACGACGCCGAUCAGAGCUAUGCGUUGGAUGACACCAAAGUCAGACUAAAACCGGUGCAACCGCCGACAACACCGGCGUAUAUGAACGCAAUCAAGCUCUUAAAGAGAAAGUGA